UUAGCAACGGGGAAAAAAACUGCAAGCCUGGCUGGAAAGUUUGCCUUCAGGUUACCCUCGGGUAAAGGAAUGACUUAGAAACGCCCCAGAGGAUAAAUUCUGCAGGAGUGGUCACUCCCUAAAUCCAGGCAAGGAAGAGGAGGAGUCUGAGCUGUUUCCCGCCCCUUCUCCAGUAAACUCCUGUCGUUCUUGUUUGGCUCAGGAGUUCGAAAAGCCAGAAGUAGCAGCACACCCUGAGCUUUCCCCAUGGUUUCGGUGACCAGAGCCGUGUUUGGAGACCUGCCCUUAGGGGCAGGGACAGUGGAGAAGUUCCAGCUGCAGUCAGACCUGCUGAGAGUGGACAUCAUCUCCUGGGGCUGCACUAUCACAGCUCUGGAAGUCAAGGACAGGCAGGGCAGAUCCUCAGAUGUGGUCCUCGGCUUUGCUGAGUUGGAAGGGUAUCUCCAGAAGCAGCCCUACUUUGGAGCAGUGGUUGGCAGGGUAGCCAACCGAAUUGCCAAAGGGACGUUCAUGCUGGACGGGAAGGAGUAUAAGCUGGCUGUUAAUAACGGGCCCAACAGUCUGCAUGGAGGACUAAGAGGGUUUGAUAAGGUCCUCUGGACCCCUCGGGUGUUGUCAAAUGGCGUCCAGUUCUCGCGGGUCAGUCCAGAUGGUGAGGAAGGUUACCCUGGGGAGUUAAAAGUCUGGGUGACAUACACCCUGGAUGGUGGGGAGCUCACAGUCAACUACCGCGCACAGGCCAGUCAGACCACACCAGUCAAUCUCACCAACCAUUCUUACUUCAACCUGGCAGGCCAGGGUUCCCCGAAUAUAUAUGACCAUGAAGUCACUAUAGAAGCUGAUGCUUUUUUGCCUGUGGAUGAGACCCUGAUUCCUACAGGAGAAGUUGCACCAGUGCAAGGAACUGCAUUCGACCUGAGGAAGCCAGUGGAGCUUGGAAAACACCUGCAGGAGUUCCACAUCAAUGGCUUUGACCACAAUUUCUGUCUGAUGAGAUCUAAGGAAAAGCAUUUUUGUGCACGGGUCCAUCACGCUGGAAGUGGGCGGGUACUGGAAGUGUACACCACCCAGCCCGGCGUCCAGUUUUACACAGGCAACUCCCUGGACGGCUCACUGAAGGGCAAGAGUGGAGCCGUCUAUCCCAAGCACUCCGGUUUCUGCCUCGAGACCCAGAACUGGCCUGAUGCAGUCAAUCAGCCCCACUUCCCUCCUGUGCUGCUGAGGCCUGGUGAGGAGUAUGAUCACACCACUUGGUUCAAGUUUUCUGUGGCUUAAGGAAGGGUGAAGACAUGACCUGCUCCAGGGCCAGGCAGAGAGCCUCUUCAGCAGCCUGUCUCCUGUUUAGAAAUGAGAUGAAGAUAAUCAGUCUGAAUAUUGAUUUCCUUUUCCAAUGACUGGCUCUAGGUCUAAUGACCAGCUCUAUUCUCUGUGUAAUUAAGAGGACCUAACCACUGAUGUCAUCGUCUAACCCCAGCCCAAAAAUGUUUUCUAGGCCCCUUGUGUUAUGUUGGCUCCAUCUCUCCACACUGCCUCUUUCUUUUCUACUUUUCACCCCUCUGUUCUUUGAGUUGUUUUUAUAAUAAGCCAAGUCUAAAGUACCCCAAGGAGAUUCCUUUUCUUUUCCCUCUUCCUCUACCUCAAACCAUGCCAGCAGAUGGACCUCACUGCCUUGACAAGGCAGAUGAUUGAGAAGUGAGGGAGUUGAGGCUUAAAGAGGGUAAAUGACCCACCUAAAGGCACACAGCUAGGAAAAAUUUUAUCCAGGACUUGAGGUCAGUUCGUGUGACUUCGAGUCCUCUUUGCUUCUUCUUCCGUCUGCCAGAGCGUUCCUAGGGUUACUCAUGGGCAAAGGGAGGCUGACCCUUACCUGUUAGAGCCAUCCUUUCUUCCCAGAUUUACUUUUAUAAAAAGCAUUAGUCUGAAUUUGAGUUUAACUGUCUAUGAGCCUGAGAAGUGGUAUGACUUAAAAUACAAGGACCAAAAAAAAAGUGCAAGGACACCAUAUUUAGAAAGAAUCUGUCAUUUCGACUCUUUGCCUUUGGAGUUAACUAAGAAAAUCCAGCCUAGCCAAGGCACGGAAGAACGAAUGCCACUGGAGACAGGAGCUGCAUCAAUGUGAGGAGAGGGCCCACCUGAGGAUCACAUAUUGCACCAGGAGCAGAUGUUGUGUUACGUAGAUGAGGCUGGGGCUCCCUCUUUCCCUUGAAUCAUCAAUGAUGGGUUAAUGUUGUAGAAUUUUAAAGAAAUGUACCUUAAAUUACAUACUAGCAAUCAGCUGAAAUAAAAAUAUUCUUGCUCCUUCAGAAGACUCCUAGUUUCUUCACUCAUCUUUAAACCUGUCAGGCAUGGACCUUUGGUCCACUUGGACCAAGUCUAUGGUAUGUUCUAGAUUCUACUAUGCUCUCCAAUAUGAGCCCCAGCAUAUUCCUAGAGGAAAGCUACCUGACAACCUAUUGUGCUUCCCUUACUUCCUCUUUCUUAGCAACAAAAAUAAACCAUUUUUAAAAUUCA